CUUAAUGCCUUGUUCAGUUUUGAACUUGUUGCACUAGAGUUAUAUAUGAUCAACUUUUUAUGAUAAAAAGAAGAAAAAAAAAGAAUCUAAUACUUCUGUUUUUAUAGUUUAUCUUUUGUAUUUUUUUUCUUUUGCUUGCUUCUUUUCACGUGAUUGUAGGGUGUGCAUCACGUUCAUUUCUUACGAUCAGAAGUUUAUACUAUUUGGUCUUAUUUGCAAUUAAUAUGUAUCAACAAUUGACUUUGAAUUAGCUUGAGGUCUUGAACACAUCUAUUUAUCUAUUCCCUGCACCUAUCGAUUUCCUUAUGCCCAACGAUAACGAAGAAAUCAUCCUAAAUGAGAGAGAGGAGUCAUAUGAAGGGAACAUUGAUCAAGUUUUGUCGAAAAAACCUGUAAUGAAGUUUGAGAUAAUGAAUAUCCACUGAGAUGUUAUGGAUAUAUAGAUGAUAAGCUGAAUUUGGGAAAACAAAAAAGGAAUAUAUGGAGCUUCUGCUGACUACCAGAUGUUGAAGAUGAGUUCAGAAAGCAAGACAAUAAAACCAAAGAGUGAUAUUGAACUCGUUCUAAAUUAUUCUAAUCAGUGCAUCUGGAAAAAUGAGCCAGGUGCAGGUGCAAAUGCGGCUUGUAGAAUAAACAAGCCAUUUCCUGCCACUGACCCUCUAUCUGAAAUAAUUUGGUCUCCAGAUAACGGUUUCAGUCUCAAAUGUGUUGAUUCAAGUUUUACCAACAAAAACACCUCCCUUUUUGGCAAUGUUGAACCAAGCAGUAUGGUUCUUGCACUGUUCCAAAGCGUUAAUGAUGGAAUCUCUACCACAGAUAAACCACUAGAUGACGUUUUUGUAGAACCUAUUGCUGUCAUAUGCUCAAAGAGUGAUGUUUCCUCCAGAGAUACUCCUGCUAUGCAACCAGAAAGUGAUUCAGCCAUCAUCAUUCCAGAUCAUAAAACAUGUGAAGAGCAUCAUGAUACAGAGAACUAUGGUCUGGCAGGAUUUGGUGAUAAUAUGGAGAAAAUGAACACUGCAAGAGAAACACCUAAUUUGCCAAACGGUCAGAAGGAGAAUGUAAUGAAUGAAUUGGAGAAGGAGAAGAAUAUUUUUGCUCAAGCCAACAUUGGAACAGCUAUAAUAUCUGAGAUAAAGGGAAACAAAUCUACUAUUUCAGGUCAGGUUGACGAAAGGCCAGUCAGUAAUUUAUUACUUCAAGAAGAUGAACCUAAAUGUAGCAUGGAAGAAAAUCCUUCACCGAGGAAACAUUGCAAUGGAGGCAUAGAUACUGGUGUUGUCAACCACGUGAUUGAUAUAGAAGAUGGAUUAUAUACUAGCGUUGAGCAUGCCUUCUCAGAACCUUAUCAGAUGGGGACUGAAGAAAUGACGCAACUAUGCAAUAAGAACCUUCCAGCCGUGCCUUCUCCAUGUAAUAGCAUGAUUCAUAUGACAAGAAAUGAUGGUAAGGAGAAGUCCUUAUCAGAUGGGAAUUCAAAUGACAGUUUAUCAAAGGAGGAUGACUUCCAUUUAAGUGUUGAAAGCUGCCACAGUGCUGGGUUGUUUUUGGCAGGUAAGAAGAGAUGCAACUUUCACCAAGUGAUAAUUGGACGUAAAAAAGUCAAAAAGCAAAUUCAAGAAACUUCAUGUUCUAAAUCCAAUGUUAAACCUGAUAGUUCAUUCAUGAACCUGAUUUCAAACAUGAUGAAAGGAUGCUCACAAACAACUCAAGAUGAGGAUAAGUCUUUGGCUCUUAACCUUGAAAAUCCUAAUCACCUGAAUCAGCGGCCUGAUCAGAAACUUCUUACAUGCAAUAAGAAUCAAGAUCCAGAGCUAAAAAAUGCAGGGUUCAGAUCCAAUUUUCAGUCCAUGGUUGGUGCAAAAUUUAAAAAUGUUGGAACAAGAAUGUCUCACGUAGGAGAGGCUUCUAAAGAUUUUGAGCUGGAUAACAAGGUUCAUGGAAUAGAUGUUACUCCAAUAACCUUUUAUGCAGAGAACAAUAGCCUCUACAGACAGAAUUUGCAAUCAAACAAGCUUGAAGUAUCUGAAGGAAGAGUUGAUGCCUGUCCACCCAUACAACCUCAGACUAGAUCUAAAAAUUCUCCCAAUAGUGAUGAACACUGGAAAAAUAACUCAGUGGAGAAUGAAACUUGUUACAACUUGGGGCAUAGUAAGGAGAAAGAAGGAAUGACAUUACUGUCACUACAUUCACCCUCAACUAGACGAAAUAGAAAUAAUAAUAUGAAUGUUGAGUCUUAUGCAUUGUAUGAGAGAAAAGAAGGUCUCUGGAUAACUCGUUUCUUACCAAAGUCAACUUCCCCCUUAAUAGUUUUUGAUCACCUUAAUGAGAGAAGUGGUUCAGAAGUCCAUUCCACAGCUUGCACAACGCUUCCACAUUCCCAUGAACACAUUUCUCUGAACAACUGCAAGAUUGAGGACCAACUGCUCAGUGAGGCUAAAAGUAUACACGAUUGUUGUAUGAAUAGAGAGGAUUCCACUUCCAUUAAGGUUGAUAAGGGAAAUCAAUUUCACCCAGAAAAGCAUAAGUUCAAUUCCUUUACACCUUUCCCAGGAUUCAGAGAUUCAGGGCCAAUGGUGUCCAUGUUUGCAAGGAGAUUAGGUGCCAUCAAACAAUGCUCACAUACAGAAUAGUCUACCACACAGGUAAACAUGGUUUGCAUGUUUUUGGGACAAGAGGUCACCAACUUGUGAUUUCCUAAAGGUUACAUGAAAUAAUAUAUGAUCUCAUAAAGAAUAUAAAUACAGACAGAAGAAUUGGAUGCACUUCAUUGUCUAUGUAUCGUUGUAAUAAUACUCUUUAUUUCCUCUUCA